CGGGGCGCGGCGGUGGGCCUCGGGACAGGCCCGGUAGCCCUGUCGCACCUGCCGGCAGGGACAAAGGCGUACUACGGCCCGGAAACUCCCCGCGCCACUCUUUCCCGCUUCUCGCGGGGCGGCUUCAAAGCUGUCAACGUUUCCCUCAGUCCCCAAUACCAGUGACAGCUUGACAACAGUUGGUGUCACAUGUGAGCCUCCCACAUGUAUUCACUCUUCAUUCCAGCUCUGUGAUUGAACUCUGCUCUUAUUGACUAGGGGGCAGUUGGGCAGGCAUGCUUCAUUCCUGGAAUUGACAGUCAUUCCUAAUUUUUGAAAAUACUAACACUGAAUCAGUACUUCUAAAGCCCUUCCUUCUCCCACUGGCUUCACUUGGCCUUCAGACAUAAUGAGGAGACUGGCUUUUCGAGGCGCUGGUUGUGCUCUGAAGAAGUUGGAUUCCAUGGGUUCCAAGAGAAGAAGAGCUACCUCCCCUUCCAGCAGUGUCAGCGGGGACUUUGAUGAUGGGCACCAUUCUGUGUCCACACCAGGCCCAAGCAGGAAAAGGAGGAGACUUUCCAAUCUUCCAACUGUAGAUCCUAUUGCCGUGUGCCAUGAACUUUAUAACACCAUCCGAGACUAUAAGGAUGAACAGGGCAGACUUCUCUGUGAGCUCUUCAUUAGGGCACCAAAGCGAAGAAAUCAACCAGACUAUUACGAAGUGGUUUCUCAGCCCAUUGAUUUGAUGAAAAUCCAGCAGAAACUAAAAAUGGAAGAGUAUGAUGAUGUUAAUUUGCUGACUGCUGACUUCCAGCUCCUUUUUAACAAUGCAAAGGCCUAUUAUAAGCCAGAUUCUCCUGAAUAUAAAGCUGCUUGCAAACUCUGGGAUUUGUACCUUCGAACAAGAAAUGAGUUUGUUCAGAAAGGAGAAGCAGAUGAUGAAGAUGAUGAUGAAGAUGGGCAAGACAAUCAAGGCACAAUGACUGAAGGAUCUUCUCCAACUUACUUGAAGGAGAUCCUGGAGCAGCUUCUUGAAGCCAUAGUUGUAGCUACAAAUCCAUCAGGACGUCUCAUUAGCGAACUUUUUCAGAAACUGCCUUCUAAAGUGCAAUAUCCAGAUUAUUAUGCAAUAAUUAAGGAGCCUAUAGAUCUCAAGACCAUUGCUCAGAGGAUACAGAAUGGAAGCUACAAAAGUAUUCAUGCAAUGGCCAAAGAUAUAGAUCUCCUAGCAAAAAAUGCCAAAACUUAUAAUGAGCCUGGUUCUCAAGUAUUCAAGGAUGCAAAUUCAAUUAAAAAAAUAUUUUACAUGAAAAAGGCCGAAAUUGAACAUCAUGAAAUGGCUAAGUCAAGUCUUCGAAUGAGGACUCCAUCAAACUUGGCUGCAGCCAGACUGACAGGGCCUUCACACAGUAAAGGCAGCCUUGGUGAAGAGAGAAAUCCCACUAGCAAGUAUUAUCGUAAUAAAAGAGCAGUACAAGGAGGUCGUUUAUCAGCAAUUACGAUGGCACUUCAGUAUGGCUCAGAAAGUGAAGAAGAUGCUGCUUUAGCUGCUGCACGUUAUGAAGAGGGAGAGUCAGAAGCAGAAAGCAUCACUUCCUUUAUGGAUGUUUCAAAUCCUUUUUAUCAGCUUUAUGACACAGUUAGGAGUUGUCGGAAUAACCAAGGGCAGCUAAUAGCUGAACCUUUUUUCCAUUUGCCCUCAAAGAAAAAAUACCCUGAUUAUUACCAGCAAAUUAAAAUGCCCAUAUCACUGCAACAGAUCCGAACAAAGCUGAAGAAUCAAGAAUAUGAAACUUUAGAUCAUUUGGAGUGUGAUCUGAAUUUAAUGUUUGAAAAUGCCAAACGCUAUAAUGUGCCCAAUUCAGCCAUCUACAAGCGAGUUCUAAAAUUGCAGCAAGUUAUGCAGGCAAAGAAGAAAGAGCUUGCCAGGAGAGACGAUAUUGAAGAUGGAGACAGCAUGAUCUCUUCAGCCACCUCUGAUACUGGUAGUGCCAAAAGAAAAAGGAACACUCAUGACAGUGAGAUGUUGGGUCUCAGGAGGCUAUCCAGUAAAAAGAACAUAAGAAAGCAGCGAAUGAAAAUCUUAUUCAAUGUUGUUCUUGAAGCUCGAGAGCCAGGUUCAGGCAGAAGACUUUGUGACCUAUUUAUGGUUAAACCAUCCAAAAAGGACUAUCCUGAUUAUUAUAAAAUCAUCUUGGAGCCAAUGGACUUGAAAAUAAUUGAGCAUAACAUCCGUAAUGACAAAUAUGCAGGUGAAGAGGGAAUGAUAGAAGACAUGAAGCUGAUGUUCCGGAAUGCCAGGCACUACAACGAGGAGGGCUCCCAGGUAUACAAUGAUGCACAUAUCCUGGAGAAGUUACUCAAGGAGAAAAGGAAAGAGCUGGGCCCACUACCAGAUGAUGAUGACAUGGCUUCUCCCAAACUCAAGCUGAGUAGGAAGAGUGGCAUUUCUCCCAAAAAAUCAAAAUACAUGACUCCAAUGCAGCAGAAACUCAAUGAGGUCUAUGAAGCUGUAAAGAACUAUACUGAUAAAAGGGGUCGCCGCCUCAGUGCCAUAUUUCUGAGGCUUCCCUCCAGAUCUGAGUUGCCUGACUACUAUCUGACUAUUAAAAAGCCCAUGGACAUGGAAAAAAUUCGAAGUCAUAUGAUGGCAAACAAGUACCAAGAUAUUGACUCUAUGGUUGAGGACUUCGUCAUGAUGUUUAAUAAUGCCUGUACAUACAAUGAGCCUGAGUCUUUGAUCUACAAAGAUGCUCUUGUCCUACACAAAGUCCUGCUUGAAACACGCAGAGACCUGGAGGGAGAUGAGGAUUCUCAUGUCCCAAAUGUGACUUUGCUGAUUCAAGAGCUUAUCCACAAUCUUUUUGUGUCAGUCAUGAGUCAUCAGGAUGAUGAGGGAAGAUGCUACAGUGAUUCUUUAGCAGAAAUUCCUGCUGUGGAUCCCAACUUUACUAACAAACCACCCCUUACGUUUGACAUAAUUAGGAAGAAUGUUGAAAAUAAUCGCUAUCGACGGCUUGAUUUAUUUCAAGAACAUAUGUUUGAAGUAUUGGAAAGGGCAAGAAGGAUGAAUCGGACAGAUUCAGAAAUAUAUGAAGAUGCGGUAGAACUUCAGCAGUUUUUUAUUAAAAUUCGUGAUGAACUCUGCAAAAAUGGAGAGAUCCUUCUUUCACCAGCACUCAGCUAUACCACAAAACAUUUGCAUAAUGAUGUGGAGAAAGAGAAAAAGGAAAAAUUGCCAAAAGAAAUAGAGGAAGAUAAACUAAAAAGAGAAGAAGAAAAAAGAGAAGCUGAAAAGAGUGAAGAUUCCUCUGGUGCUGCAGGCCUCUCAGGCUUACAUCGCACAUACAGCCAGGACUGUAGCUUUAAGAACAGCAUGUACCAUGUUGGAGAUUAUGUCUAUGUGGAACCCGCAGAGGCCAACCUACAGCCACAUAUAGUCUGUAUUGAAAGACUAUGGGAGGAUUCAGCUGGUGAAAAAUGGUUGUAUGGCUGUUGGUUUUACCGACCAAAUGAAACAUUCCACCUGGCUACACGAAAAUUUCUGGAAAAAGAAGUUUUUAAGAGUGACUAUUACAACAAAGUUCCCGUUAGUAAAAUUCUAGGCAAGUGUGUGGUCAUGUUUGUCAAGGAAUACUUUAAAUUAUGCCCAGAAAACUUCCGAGAUGAAGAUGUUUUUGUCUGUGAAUCACGGUAUUCUGCCAAAACCAAAUCUUUUAAGAAAAUUAAACUGUGGACCAUGCCCAUCAGCUCAGUUAGGUUUGUCCCUCGGGAUGUGCCUCUGCCUGUGGUUCGCGUGGCCUCUGUAUUUGCAAAUGCAGAUAAAGGUGAUGAUGAGAAGAAUACAGACAACUCAGAGGACAGUCGAGCAGAAGACAAUUUUAACUUGGAAAAGGAAAAAGAAGAUGUCCCUGUGGAAAUGUCCAAUGGUGAACCAGGUUGCCACUACUUUGAGCAGCUCCAUUACAAUGACAUGUGGCUGAAGGUUGGCGACUGUGUCUUCAUCAAGUCCCAUGGCCUCGUGCGUCCUCGCGUGGGCAGAAUCGAAAAAGUAUGGGUUCGAGAUGGAGCUGCAUAUUUUUAUGGCCCCAUCUUCAUUCACCCAGAAGAGACGGAGCACGAGCCCACAAAAAUGUUCUACAAAAAAGAAGUAUUUCUGAGUAAUCUGGAAGAAACCUGCCCCAUGACAUGUAUUCUUGGAAAGUGUGCUGUAUUGUCAUUCAAGGACUUCCUCUCCUGCAGGCCAACUGAAAUACCAGAAAAUGACAUUCUGCUUUGUGAGAGCCGCUACAAUGAGAGCGACAAGCAGAUGAAGAAAUUCAAAGGAUUGAAGAGAUUUUCACUCUCUGCUAAAGUGGUAGAUGAUGAAAUUUACUACUUCAGAAAACCGAUUGUUCCUCAGAAGGAGCCAUCACCUUUGUUGGAAAAGAAGAUCCAAUUGCUAGAAGCUAAAUUUGCCGAGUUAGAAGGUGGAGAUGAUGAUAUUGAAGAGAUGGGAGAAGAAGAUAGUGAGGCCAUUGAACCUCCUUCUCUACCUCAGCUUCAGACCCCCCUGGCCAGUGAGCUGGACCUCAUGCCCUACACACCCCCACAGUCUACCCCAAAGUCUGCCAAAGGCAGUGCAAAGAAGGAAGGCUCCAAACGGAAAAUCAACAUGAGUGGCUACAUCCUGUUUAGCAGUGAGAUGAGGGCUGUGAUUAAGGCCCAACACCCAGACUACUCUUUCGGGGAGCUCAGCCGCCUGGUGGGGACAGAAUGGAGAAACCUUGAGACAGCCAAGAAAGCGGAAUAUGAAGAGCGGGCAGCUAAAGUUGCUGAGCAGCAGGAGAGAGAGCGAGCAGCACAGCAACAGCAGCCGAGUGCUUCUCCCCGAGCAGGCACCCCUGUGGGGGCUCUCAUGGGGGUGGUGCCACCACCAACACCAAUGGGGAUGCUCAAUCAGCAGUUGACACCUGUUGCAGGCAUGAUGGGUGGCUAUCCGCCAGGCCUUCCACCUUUGCAGGGCCCAGUUGAUGGCCUUGUUAGCAUGGGCAGCAUGCAGCCACUUCACCCUGGGGGGCCUCCACCCCACCAUCUUCCGCCAGGUGUGCCUGGCCUCCCAGGCAUCCCACCACCGGGUGUGAUGAACCAAGGAGUGGCCCCUAUGGUAGGGACUCCAGCACCAGGUGGAAGUCCAUAUGGACAACAGGUGGGAGUUUUGGGGCCUCCUGGGCAGCAGGCACCACCUCCAUAUCCCGGCCCACAUCCAGCCGGACCCCCCGUCAUACAGCAGCCAACAACACCCAUGUUUGUAGCUCCCCCACCAAAGACCCAGCGGCUUCUUCACUCAGAGGCCUACCUGAAAUACAUUGAAGGACUCAGUGCCGAGUCCAACAGCAUUAGCAAGUGGGAUCAGACACUGGCAGCUCGAAGACGUGACGUCCAUUUGUCAAAAGAACAGGAGAGCCGCCUACCCUCUCACUGGCUGAAAAGCAAAGGGGCCCACACCACCAUGGCAGAUGCCCUCUGGCGCCUUCGAGAUUUGAUGCUCCGGGACACCCUCAACAUUCGCCAAGCAUACAACCUAGAAAACGUUUAAUCACAUAAUUACGUUUCUUUUUUAUAGAAGCAUAAAGAGUUGUGGAACAGUAGCCAUUUUAGUUACUGGGGGUGGGGGGAAGGAACAAAGGAUAAUUUUUAUUGCAUUUUACUGUACAUCACAAGGCCAUUUUUAUAUAAGGACACUUUUAAUAAGCUAUUUCAAUUUGUUUUUGUUAUAUUAAGUUGACUUUAUCAAAUACACAAAGAUUUUUUUGCA